AUGACCAAGUUCAAGAACGAGGUGCUGCCGAAACGCCCGGACGGUACCCUUGUCUUUGAGGCCAAAGGUGAGGAGAACGCCAUCAAUUUGGAAGCACAAAGACGUUUGCUCGUGCUGCGGCGGUUCCGAUUGAUGGCCGACAUCGACCAGGAAGGCGAGCACGGCCAGCUUUCGGAGGCAUGCCGCCUCCUACAGUGGGCCAUGGCGGAUGCAUCUUUUUCUUCCGCCCGAUUGGGUCAGAAGAUCGAGGAGUUCCAGCAGUUCGGCACCGCGAUCCGCGCCUCCGCCGCGGCCCAGGCGCUCCUGAAGAAGGCGAAUCUUCAGCAGGAGUUGUGGCACUGGCGGGAACAGAUGAGGAAGGAGCGCAAGGAUCUCCGGAAGUCGGUGGACCAGAUGGUGCUCUUGGAAAUCAUGGACCAGGAGCAUACCAAGCGCUUUCCAGGUGUUCCCAUGGACAAGGAGGACGUAGAGAGGAUCAUUCAGGCCCGUAACGUGCUGGAGCGACAGGUGCGCGUGGGGCAGCGCUUCCGGCGUCAGCUGCGCUUUACCAUGGCGGAGGCCGAGGCGGUGCUGAGACGAAACCUCCAGACCACCGGACAUCGCAAGCUGAGCCUCGAGGAGGAGAACAGACGUUUCAAUCCUGAGCGCACGCUGACGUUCGGCAAGAAUAAAGGCUGGUGGUAG